GGAUGGAAAAGACAUGGAUUCUAUUGCUAUUUCAUAGGUGAAGAAACUUCCACAUUUUCAGAAGCCAACUCCACUUGCAAUACACAUACAGCAUUUUUGAUGACAGUGGAAGACAGAUUUGAACAGGCCUAUCUAACAAGUCUGAUUGGGCUUAGACCAGAGAAAUAUUUCUGGACAGGACUCUCAAACAUGGAAGAAAAGGAGACUUUCAAAUGGACCAACAAUGAGAGGGUUUUGUACACUCACUGGGAUGCUGAGAGCCCAGGGAGAAAACAUGGUUGUGUUGUGAUGAGAACUGGAAACAAAGGCGGGUUGUGGGAUGUUGUCAACUGUGAUGAGAAAGUUAAGUUUGUCUGCAAGAAAUGG